CCGCCAAUAAACAAGAAGAAGAAAAAGACGCAACGUCACAUCUGCGCUCCACAAUGGCGGAGAAAAUAACGUUGGAUAAAGGGUCAUCAUUUAUGGAUCCAUUUAAAGGGCUGUUGUUGACGUAUUUUAUGCCAGAAUCAUGUUAUGAUGAAUUUUUCCUCAAUUUCAACUUUUUAGACGUACCAUGUCUGAAGAUUGUUCUGAGCAAAGGCCUGGGGAUCGGUAUCAUUCUGGGAUCAGUGCUGGUGAAGCUGCCUCAGAUCUUAAAGCUGAUGGGAGCAAAGAGUGCCGAGGGGCUGAGCUUCAAAUCUGUGAUACUAGAGCUGCUGGCCAUCACAGGAACGAUGGCCUACAGUAUCGCCAACAAGUUCCCCUUCAGUGCCUGGGGCGAGGCUCUGUUCCUCAUGCUGCAGACUGUCACCAUCGGCCUCCUCAUUCAGCACUACGGAGGGAGAACAGGCAGAGGUCUCCUGUUUCUGGUUGUGUACUUUGGCCUACUGGUUCUUCUGUUGUCUCCAAUCACUCCCAUGUCAGUAGUUACCACCAUGCAGGCCUCUAACAUGCCAGCCAUCAUCAUUGGCAGGUUAAUCCAGGCAGCCACUAACUUUCGUAAUGGACACACUGGCCAGCUGUCUGCGGUCUCUGUCUUCCUGCUGUUUGCUGGAUCUCUUGCCCGCAUCUUCACCUCACUACAGGAAACUGGAGAUGCACUGAUGGCCCUCACCUAUGUCAUAUCCUCCGCCUGUAAUGGCAUCAUUGCUCUGCAGGUCCUCUACUACUGGAACAGCUCCUCAGAACGCAAGAAGAAGAAGAAAAAGAAGAAGGAGUAGGCAAAGGACAUUCGCUAAAUUUCAGUCGUAAAGCAACACUUUUCUUUCCAUAUCCAACAAGGUGUCCUCAAAACUUGAAAGAACAAAUUGACACCUGAAAUGUAUGUACAGAGGAAGUGUGGGACAUUGAAUCUGCUGGACAAACACUUGGCUUUGACAUAAGGCUGUGAGUGUAACAUGCCAAUCAGAUGUUCAGUAAUGUUUUCUAUCAGUCCCAUGUAGGCCCUCUGGCUUUAUGAUUGACAGUUAGCUGGUUCUGUUGGUGUAUAGCUCUGAGCAGGGCUGCUGGGUUCAGACUGCUGCUGUGCAAUACACUGUAAUUAUAUUCCUCUUGAUCCAGUUUCCCUCAGGCAGGCUGUGUUCAUAAUGAUGAGUUAAAAUGUUUUGAAACAGUUUGUGUACCUGUCUGUUGAUUGUCCAUAUCUAAUCAUUCAGAUCAUUUUGUUAGCUGUGGAUGCAUGUAAAAUGAUUUUUUUUGUUUUAUCAUUUCACAUAAACAUAAUUCCUCACUUGCCUCUGUAA